AGCAGCAGAUCAUAUUGCAAAGAUGAAGAGAGCAGCCGAGGACGAGGGAAGUGAACUAUUCCUCCGUUUCAUCCCUCGAUUCCUGCACUCCUCUGGACUUUGAUGCUGAGGGACCAAGAAGGGAUUUUUCCCACAGGAAAGGAGAGCACCUAUACACACACACACGCACACACACGCGCACACACACACACACACACACACACACACACUGCUCAGGACCAAAACCCACUUUUUUGGAGGAGUUUAUCUGGAGACGCUGAAUUAUAGAGGAAAAGGAAAGAAAGACGAGACACUCAGGAGUGGAGUCUGGUCUGUGUGUGUGUGUGUGUGUGUGCGUGUGUGAGAGAGAGAGAGAGAGAGAGAGAAUCAGAGAUGGACGGAGUGUAUGUGUCCACCGGGAGCUGCUGCAGCCCCUCUGAUCAAAUGCUCCAGUUUGGAUAACACACACACACACACACACACACACACACACACACUGAGCAGCUGCAGGAAACACAAGGCUUCUGGAUUUUCCCAUCGCUAUUCCUAGAGCUGCUCCAAACCUGUCUGCUCCAACCCCUCCACUGACACCCCAGGACUGAACCACUGCCACAUGACGGGGAGUCAGUGAAGGGGGAAAUACUCAUCCUUUACUGUUAGUACAUUCCAACUGAAGAGGAAAUAAAAACAGACAGAUAAAAGAUGAGUGUGAGCCGCAUGAGCCGAUACAGCAUUGUGUCUUCGGAGGAGGACGCCCUGCGCCUGACCACCGUCCACGGCGGCGGCGGCGUGAAUGGCUAUGGGAAUGGGAACGGGAAGAUCCACACUCGCAGGAAAUGCCGUAACCGCUUCGUGAAGAAGAACGGACAGUGCAACGUCCAGUUCACCAACAUGGAGCAGAAAUCUCAGCGCUACCUGGCCGACAUCUUCACCACCUGCGUGGACAUCCGCUGGCGCUAUAUGCUGCUGGUGUUCACGCUCGUGUUUGUGGUGUCCUGGCUGGUGUUCGGUUUGGCCUUCUGGGUAAUCGCACUGCUCCACGGCGACCUGGACAACCCUGCAGGCGACGACAGUUUCACGCCUUGCGUCCUGCAUGUGAACGGCUUCUUGGCAGCGUUUCUGUUCUCCAUCGAGACGCAGACCACCAUCGGGUAUGGGUUCCGCUGUGUGACAGAGGAGUGUCCAGUCGCCAUCUUCCUUGUAGUCUUCCAGUCCAUCGUGGGCAGCAUUAUCGAGUGCUUCAUGAUCGGUGCCAUCAUGGCAAAAAUGGCACGGCCCAAAAAGCGUACUCAGACUCUUCUGUUCUCCAAAAAUGCCGUCAUCGCCAUGAGGGAUGGGAAACUCUGCCUCAUGUGGCGCGUCGGGAACCUUCGUAGGAGCCACAUUGUUGAGGCUCACGUCCGAGCACUGCUAAUCAAACCGCGUGUGACCGCUGAGGGAGAGUACAUCCCGCUGGACCAGCUGGAUAUUAACGUCGGCUUUGAUCAAGGACUCGAUCGGAUCUUCUUGGUCUCGCCGAUCACCAUUUUGCACGAGAUUGACGAGGAGAGUCCGCUGUAUGGAAUCAGCAAGCGAGAUCUGGAGACGGCAGACUUCGAGAUCGUGGUGAUCCUGGAGGGGAUGGUGGAGGCCACUGCCAUGACGGCACAGGCUCGGAGCUCCUACUUGGCAAGCGAGAUCCUGUGGGGUCACCGGUUUGAGCCGGUGCUCUUCGAGGAGAAGAAUGAGUACAAGGUGGACUACUCUCACUUCCACAAGACCUAUGAGGUUCCGUCUACGCCUCGCUGUAGCGCUAAAGACAUGCUCGAGAGCAAGUGUGUGUCUGCUGCUGACAACGCCUCCACGUUCUGCUACGAGAACGAGCUGGCGCUGCUCAACCGCGACGAAGAAGACGAGGAGGAAUGCAGCCAGAGAGAACGGCAAGACUUUGAACAGAUCUCUCGGAGCCUCGAGCAAAGGUCUUACCGCCGCGAGUCCGAGAUUUAACCCUCUGACCUUUUGAUACAUCUUAGUUUAACAAUGCAGAACAAUGCAAAAGUGCCAUAAUAAGAGGCUUAGAGCUGUGCACAGUGAGGUGAGAGUGUGUGUGUGUGUCUCUGUGUGUGUGUGUGUGUGUGUUAUAGAAAGAGACUGUGAGUGAAAUUCUGUAAGCGAGAUGAUGCACAGUUCAGGCCAGAGACUUUUUUUUAAAUCCUGCACGGAAACUUGAAUCUUUUCCUUCUUCUUGUUUUAUUUUUCAUAAAUCGGGUUUAGUUUAAAUCUAAUCUUCUGAAUUUGUAAAUAUUUUUGAGUAGAUAGUUUAUGAUUUUGUGUGGAUUAUUGCUUUAGAGAGAGAGCGGGAGAGAUAAAGAUAGAGAGAGGUAGAGGGAGGAUUCUUUUUUUUUUUGUCAAGUUGUCUAGCACUACUGAUUCCAAAUGCCCACACA